CCGGAAGCGGUAGCGGCGCGGGAGGUGGAGGAACCUCUCGGAGCUGAGACAUCAGAGCCGACCAGGGGAGAAACGCGUCGUCGGGGUGGGGCGGGCCUGAGGAAACGCUCGGGGGCUCAGUAGCUCUAACAGUGCCCCGUGGCCGUCCCCGCCCCUCCCCCCUACAGCCCAACGACCGGGAUGCAGACAUCAGAGCGUGACGGGUGUGGGCCGGAGGUGAGCCCCAGCGUGAUGCCGGAGGCCUCCCUGGAGUCUCCACCUGCCCCUACCAAGUCCCCAGCGUUUGAUCUUUUCAACUUGGUUCUGUCCUACAAGAGACUGGAGAGCUACCUGGAACCCCUGAAGGACGCAGGUGACGGUGUCCGGUACUUGCUCAGGUGGCAGACGCCUUUGUGUUCCUUGCUGACCUGCCUGGGCCUCAACAUCUUGUUCCUCACUUUGAAUGAGGGCGCGUGGUACUCGGCGGGUGCCCUCGUGAUUUCCGUGCCCGCCCUUCUGGGCUACCUUCAGGAGGUUUGCCGGGCAAGGCUGCCCGAGUCGGAGCUGAUGCGGAGGAAGUACCACAGCGUGAGGCAGGAGGACCUGCAGAGAGUUCGCCUGUCUCGCCCCGAGGCUGUGGCUGAGGUGAAGGCCUUCUUGAUCCAGCUGGAGGCCUUCCUGAGCCGCCUGUGCUGCACCUGUGAAGCCGCCUACCGAGUGCUGCGCUGGGAGAACCCAGCCGUGUCCUCACAGUUCUAUGGGGCUCUUCUGGGCACGAUUUGCGUGCUGUAUCUGCUGCCGCUGUGCUGGGUCCUUGCCCUUUUAAACAGCACACUCUUUCUGGGGAAUGUGGAGUUCUUGCGAGUGGUAUCGGAGUACAGGGCAUCUCUGCAGCGGCGGAUGAACCCCAAGCAGGAAGAGAGUGCCUUCGAGAGCCCCCCACCACCUGAUGUUGGGGGGAAGGGCACCCUGCCCGACUGCACACCUACACCCACACCCACAGAGGACCUCACGCCGGGCAGUGUGGAGGAGGCCGAGGAGGCUGAGCCCGAUGAGGAGUUUAAAGAUGCGAUUGAGGAGGAUGACGAGGGUGCCCCGUGCCCAGCAGAGGAUGAGCUGGCCCUGCAGGACAAUGGGUUCCUGAGCAAGAAUGAGGUGCUGCGCAGCAAGGUCUCGCGGCUCACAGAGCGGCUCCGCAAGCGGUACCCUACCAACAACUUCGGGAGCUGUAUGGGCUGCGCUACCAACUUCUCAGUGCUGAAAAAGAGGCGGAGCUGCAGUAACUGUGGAAACAGCUUCUGUUCUCGGUGCUGCUCCUUCAAAGUGCCCAAGUCCUCCAUGGGGGCCACAGUUGAGAAAUCGGAGGUGAUUGAGGAACUUGCCCAAGGUCACACAGCGGGGAAUCUUCCAGAUGGAUCUGACUCCACCACACACAUUCUGAGUACAGGCAGGGCAGCCAGCCCAUCCUCCGUCUGGGAUUUCAUAAUCACCCUUCAGUGAGUCUCGCCCGGUGCUGUUAUCAGUGUUAUUAUUAAUGAGGACUUGAGCCUGAAGACUUCCCAGAGGUUCGUGCCUAAGGAGAGAUCCUCGUGAGGACAGUGGCUGAGAACCGCUAGGCUCCUGGGGAGGAUAAUCCAUCUUUAUAGGGUGUUGGGAGUCCCAUCUGUUAUCUUGCUUCAUCCGACAGCAUCUGAGGGAGGCAUGCACAGUGAAGCCCCAUUUCACAGAUGAGGACGCUGAAGCUCAGAGAGGUAAAGUAACUUACUCAAGGUUGCCCAGGCAGUAAGUGAUGGAGCUGGCAUAGCGGACUCUCCCUAGGUUCCGUGCUUUUCCACUGCCCCACGAGUCCGGAUUGUGCCAAGGUCAGGAAGACUUUCAGGCCUUUUCAGCCUGAGGUGUGUUCCUCCCCAGCCCACCCCGGAGUGCUCGGAAGACAGCCCGGGGUCUGCUAGAGACAAAGAGGCGGUGCCCUCUUGACCUAGUUCUGUGGCCAGGCAACUUGGGGUCAGGAAAAGGUGCAUUCUUUCCCCUCCGCUCACAUUACCCAGCCUCUGGCUUCCUGGAAUUUUUGUUAAAAUUCCAAAUCUCUUGGCAAUAAGUCCUCUUCGCCAGAGUUUUUGCAAACAGGAACCCAGCACCCUUCAGCUUCCAGACCUCGCUUUCACACCCUUUCCUGCUUUAAACUGGUGCCAGAGCCCCUGGAGGAGAAACUAGAUCUAGGAGGAAACCAGCAGUCAGAUCCGUGAGCAGGAUGGCCACGCGGAGAGAUUGGUUGUUACUUCCCGGGCCCAUCUCUGAGGGAGGCACAAAAGACCUGGACUCGGUGCCUAAAGACCCCAGUGCACGUCCCGGCAUGCCGCUUCCUGUGCAACCUUGGGGCUGCGCUUCCCCUCUCUGGGUCUCAGUUUCCCCAUUUCUUAAAGGAAAAUAAUAAUGCCACCCGACUGAGAGGGUCAGAUGAGAUCAUAUAUGUGAAGAGGUUUUAUCACUAUUAUUAUUUGAUUACCUGAAGGUCAAGUUUGUUUAAAAAACUCUGCGAUGAUGGAAAUGUUCUGUAUCUGUGCUCUGCAGUCUGGUAGCCCCUAGCCACGUGUGGCUACUGGGCACUUGAUAUGUGGUUUCUGCUACUGAGGAACCAAAUUUUUAAUUUAAUUAUUUUUGGUGAGAUGAAAUUCACGUAACAUAAA